AUGGCUCUCACGACACAGCCUACCGAUCUCGUCACGCCCAAAACCAAUAACAAUGGCAGUGCCACUGCCACCAAUAUUCCAGAUUUCGAAAAGACGGCCGAAAGAGAUGAGGAAAAUGUCUACGACGCAUCCACCUCGACUAGCAAGACCAUGGGCGAAUCCACUCUCAUGACCCUACCAGUACCAGGUGAACCCGAGCAGCCAUCAUCAGAUGUCGAGAGUGGCGGUAGUGCGACCAAAGUUGUGCCAGGCCCUCCGCCGGAUGGGGGUCUUCAGGCCUGGCUGCAAGUGCUCAUCGCCCACCUGGUCAUCUUCAACACCUGGGGGUACAUCAAUUCGUUUGGUGUGUUCCAGACCUACUACCUUAGCACUCUCGACCAGUCGCCCUCGCAAAUCUCGUGGAUUGGCUCCGUCCAGGUCUUUCUGCUCUUCUUCAUAGGAACCUUUUCCGGUCGCGCAACCGACGCUGGCUACUUCCGGCACACAUUCGUCAUCGGAACGGUGCUCAUCCUGCUCGGCGUCUUCAUGACAUCGAUAUGUACCGAGUACUGGCAGCUUUUUCUUGCCCAGGGAAUCUGCACUGGUAUUGGCAAUGGCCUCCUGUUCUGCCCCACCCUGGCUAUCCUCCCUACAUACUUCAGCAAGAGGAGGGCCAUGGCGGUCGGGCUUGCUGCCUCGGGAACCACCACGGGGGGCAUGAUCAUCCCUGGUAUCUUUGAGGCCCUGCUGCCCCGCGUAGGAUUCGGAUGGACCCUGCGCGUGCUCGGCUUCAUCAUGCUGGUCUUCCAGGUGCUUUGCUUGGUUCUGUCGCGGACUCGGGUCCCUCCCCGGACCGUUGGGCCUCUGGUGGAAUUCUCAGCCUUCACGGAGAUGCCCUAUCUGUUCUUCGCCAUUGGCGUCUUCUUCUGCUUCUGGGGUAUAUAUCCUGCCUACUACUAUGUCGGCGAGUACGCAAGCAGCGUCAUUGGUGUCUCCCAGGGCGACUCGAUCAACCUACUCAUCAUCAUGAAUGGCAUUGGCAUCGUCGGCCGGCUGCUGCCCCCUUACCUGUCUGACCGGUGGACCGGCCCAACCAACAUGAUGAUCCCCUUCGUGGUGCUCUCUGCCAUCUCGCUCUACUGCUGGGCAGCCAUCUAUACCCAGAGCGGGCUAUGGGCCUUCGCCACCAUCUACGGGCUCUUCAGCUCGGGUGUCAACAGCCUUUUCCCCACCGCCCUUUCUGCGUUGACUACCGACAUGACCAAGAUGGGGGUGCGCAUGGGUAUGGUCUAUACCGUCAUCAGCUUCGCCACCCUGACCGGUACGCCCAUCGCCGGCGCGCUGAUUAGUUCUAACGGUGGCCGCUACCUGAGCAUGGAGAUGUUUGCUGCCUCGUUGCUGAUGAUCGGAGGGAUCAUGCUGGUUGCGGCGAGGAUCUCAAGAACAGGGUGGAAGCUGAAGGCGAGGAUGUAG